AUGAAGUACACGAUCGAAAGGAGACCCAAAAACAACCCACUCCAGAAAAUGUCGACUGACCAGACACUGUCUAUAAAAAGAGAGUUCACUUCCAUGGCGAACCUACAUUCAGAAUCUGGUGGCGAUCUUCUUCUCCUUGUGAAAGCUAAAAUGAGUUCAGAAGUGAAGGAGGACUGUCUCGGAUGGGCAGCAAGAGAUUCAUCUGGUUUUCUAUCCCCUUAUAAAUUUCCAAGAAGAUUUGCUGACCCUUUUGACUCUGGGGAUAAACCCCAAUACAGGGCAGUUGGAGAUGACGAUGUUUUGCUAACAAUUACUCAUUGUGGAGUAUGUUAUGCUGAUGUAUUAUGGUCCAGGAAUAAAUUUGGGGAUGCAAUGUAUCCUCUGGUGCCAGGACAUGAAAUUGCCGGAGUUGUGAAAGAGGUUGGCUCCAAUGUCCAUCGUUUCAACGUUGGCCAACAUGUCGGAGUUGGAACGUAUGUUAACUCAUGCAAGGAAUGUGACAAUUGCAUUGCUGAUCGGGAAGUCCAUUGCGAAAAAGGAGCAAUACUCACAUUUAACUCUGUUGAUGUGGAUGGUACUGUCACAAAAGGUGGAUAUUCCAGCUACUAUGUUGUUCAUGAAAGGUACUGCUUCAGAAUACCUGAUGGCUACCCAUUGGCCUCAGCAGCUCCCCUGUUGUGUGCUGGAAUUACUGUGUACAGUCCCAUGAUGAGGCACAAGAUGAACCAACCUGGAAAAUCUCUUGGGGUGAUAGGGCUUGGAGGCCUUGGUCACUUGGCUGUCAAGUUUGGGAAGGCUUUUGGAAUGAAUGUAACGGUGGUCAGCACAAGCAUGUAUAAGAAAGAGGAAGCUUUGAAUCUUCUUGGAGCUGACAAAUUUGUGGUCUCAUCAGAUGAACAACAGAUGAAGACCCUGGCAAAUUCAUUGGACUUUAUAAUUGACACAGCUUCUGGGGAUCACCCAUUUGAUCCAUACAUGGCCCUGUUGAAGACUGCUGGCACCCUUGUCUUGGUUGGCGCCCCAAGUGAAGUCAAGCUCAGUCCCAUCUGUCUUAUUAGAGGUAUGAAAUCGAUUUCUGGGAGUGCAACAGGUGGUUUAAAAGACGAGCAAGAAAUGCUAGAUUUCUGUGCAGCUCACAAAAUAUACCCUUGGAUUGAACUGAUUUCAAUCCAAUAUAUAAAUGAAGCUCUUGAGAGGCUAGUGAAAGGAGAUGUGAAGUAUCGAUGUGUGAUUGAAAUAGAGAAGUCCUUGAAAUGAUACCUACACAAAGUACAUGGAUAUCUAACUUCUUGAUGAAUGUGGAUGGACUACCAUCUUGUUAUGUGACUCAGUUUUCAUUAUCUAUGUAAGUUUUAGUAUGGUGUGAUUUUGAACUUGAAAU